ACCUCCUCCAUCUGAGUCCAUCAGGUCCUUGCUUGCAGAUUCUGCACACAAUUCAGCCCCCAGGGACUCCUUGUCACGCACAUGUCACUACAGAUCAUCCUAAUAUUGAAUAUUGCCAAGCUGCACUAAUGCAUGUCCACAGUCUACUAUGACAUGUGCACCAAUACUUUCCAUCCUAUUCGGUUGAUGCAUUAAGUUGCCUGUGUACGAAAUGACUUAUCUCUCCGAGAGUCCUCUCCCGUCACUCGGUACUCGUACCGUUCCUUCUAGUUGCAUCCUUCACCAUGGUGAACACAUUCGCACUCGUCGCCAUCGCCAUUAGCGUCGCCCUCAUCUACCUAUGGUUCCGCCCCAACCCAAACAAUCCCAAGAACCUACCCUUACCUCCAGGGCCCAAGGGCAAGCCCAUCAUCGGUAGUCUAUUGGACAUUCCGUCUGACCGCUAUUGGCUCACUAUGGAUGAGUGGGUACGCGAGUAUGGUCCCAUCGUUACCUUCAAGGUCCUCGGAAAGCCUGUCGUCAUCUUGGGUUCACCCAAGGUCGCUGCUGACCUCUUUGAUCGUCGCUCUGCCAUCUACUCUGACCGACCACGAUGGGUGCUCGCAUCCGAGAUUCUUGCCAGAGACAUGCACACUGGUACUGUUCGUAUCGGCGAAAAGCAUCGGCGUUACCGCAAAGCCAUCCAAGCAGGUCUACGUGAAAAGGCCUUGAAUUCUUACCAUCCAAUCGAGGAGAAAGAAGCUCGUAUCUUCGUCAAGGAAGUCUUCACCAAACCCGAAGAUUUCCGUAACUCCGUCAAACGUUUCACAUCAGCAGUCAUCCUGGGCACCAUGUAUGGCCACAAGACUGCGUCCUUCUCAACUGACCGUUUCGCCCAACGCAUCUUCCAUUCUGCAUCCAUCUUCGCAGGUUCACUUGCUCCUGGCAAGUUCUUGGUAGAUGUCAUGCCUUGGUUACAAUACGUACCUAGCUGGGUACCCGGAGCUGGUUGGAAGAAACUUGCGGCACAGUGGGCGGAGGAUGAUCGGGUGCUUUAUACGGAGAUGCUGGAAGAAGCUAGACAAAACGCGGCAAGACAGCCUUCGUUCAUCUCAGAAGGGCUUGGUGAGAAAGGGUACGGCGUCACAGAAGAAGAACUCGCUUAUAUUGGAGGUACCAUAUCCCAAACACCCGAUACGCUCAUGUCCGUCUGCUCCGGAUUCAUGCUCGCCAUGACCCGCUGGCCCGAAGUCCAAAAACGAGCUCAAGCAGAAAUCGAUAGCGUCGUUGGACGUUCCCGUUGGCCUGAAUUCAAGGAUCGCGUGAACUUGCCUUAUGUUACUGCCAUCGUCAAAGAAACGUGUAGAUGGAGACCUGUUGCACCUUUGAGCGUGCCUCAUGCGAGUACGAAAGAUGAUGUGUAUGAGGGGUAUUUCAUACCCAAGGGCACGACAGUGAUCUCAUCCAUCUGGUCUAUCCAUCGCGACCCAUCAGUCUAUCCCAACCCAGAAGAAUUCAUCCCCGAACGUUUCCUAAGCAUGGACCCAACCACAGGCACUCUCCACGAAAUCAACACUGAAGAAGGUAAAGAACGUGGACACCAUCUCUACGGAUUCGGCCGUCGUUUGUGUCCCGGAGCUACUAUGGCUGAUCAUGCCGUCUGGAUCUUCGCUGCUAAUGUUCUUUGGGCUUUGAAUAUUAAUAGGGGGAAGGAUGAGAAUGGGAAUGAGAUCGUGCCGCCGGUGGAUCCGAUGCAGUUUACUAGUGGGGGUGAGGCUAGUCAUCCGUUGCCGUGGAAGUGUGACUUCGAGCUUAGGGAGGGUGUUAGGGAGUUUUUGGAGGGGGUUCAGUUGCCUGAGGGGACUGAGCUUUGAGCCGCCGAGUACUGAGUUUGCACAGCGCGGGGAGGACGGGAUAUUCGUGGCUCGGACAAAGUUGUAUCGAUCGUUAUAGCCUUAGUUGCGCCCGUUGCACGUUGCGUAUCUACUGUUUAUGUAUAGAGUGCCAGAACUUGGCGUAUUCACUUGCUCUAUAUUGUUUGUUUGUAGUCUGUACUACCUAAGAAAUGUAAUUCUCUG